GGCUCGAAGUCAGAUGCUAGAAUUUAGAUUCUAGAAUUCAGAUUCUAGAAUUUCCCGAAGUAUCAAAAAGAAGAGUACACCGGAGCAUACGUAUUUUGUUAUUAAAACACUGUGUGAAUCGAGGAAACGUAAAUUAUUCAGGAAUUGUCUUUAAUAGAUAUGAUAGAGAAUCUUGCAGCGAAAUUAUGUUUGCUUCUGUCGGAAAACACCAACGCAGCCGAACAAUGGAAGUUACUUGGACAAGAGAAAGACGGUUCGAUACUUAUUGGAUGGGUGGAAGAAUCAGAGAGGAACGAUGUAUGCACAUCGUGUACUGUAGUCGGUCGUUACGACCAGAUUGACAACAAAUUACAGGUAUUGCAUCACUUUUCGAAAGUAUUGAACAUUGUUCAAGCUACGGUCAACCAAAGUCAUACUCUAAUGGGAUAUGUGACGAAACAGAAAAAUUGCCUGAAAACAUCAGAUCCUCUGGAAGAUCGCUUCUCAGAGCAUGAAUUCUAUGGAGAAUUCUACAGAGUGUUCAUUGUAGAAUUAACUACUAAUGAUACCAAAGUACACGAUUUGGAAAUAAAGAGAUCUGAACAAGUGCGAAUACAAUUUCUAUACAGAGAAAAAGAGCAAUUGAGUGUAGACAAAUUUCUAGUUCUGAUACAUCACGAAUGUAUUUUGACAUAUACUGCUCAAUUCGAUACAUCUGUAAGUCACUCAAGACCGAUAAAGGAACUGAAAUCCGAAAUACUUGUAAAAACGUUUAUAUGGGCUCAAUGGGAUAUGAUUAAUCAAGUGCUGUACCAUAUACAUCAUCGACGAAUUCCUACAAGCGUGGUCACUGAAAAUGAGGACGAGAAUAAUUUCAGGUCUUCUAAACCAACCCUCAGUGGUCUUCAAUUUCAUGAUGACUUGCCUCAUGAAACAGUGCUGAAUAUCCCAUUAAACUUACCACUACUGUCGCCGUCCUCUAGUUGCGGGACUUACGAAGAUGACGUGAUACCCCUGCGAGUCCACGAUUGUUCCCUAGAUCUUAUAGUGGUGUCGGACACCAAGGGGAUGGUCUGCGUUUGUCACUACUAUCUUUAUCGACCUGUACAGCCGCCGCAGCAUGUACUUAAUUCCUUGAAUGAAUCCAACACAGUGCAUUUUGCAUACUCGGUGACGCUGCUGCAUCACAGUUGCGUGAUACAUUGUGUUAUACCGGGUAUAUCGUGGUCACGUGCCAAGCUGAUGAGGCCGACUUUCGCGAUUUAUGAGAACCAUCAUAUGAUCGUAUUCGUGCCGGAACUGUUCGCGCAUCUUCUCGAAAUCGGCGUGAAUCACGAGCCUUGCUGUCACAUAUUGUGCGGCCCACCACCGUCAAUUCCAUCUCGUGUCUCUUAUCUGGUGCCCCUACUCGAUUUAGAUAAUCCUAGUAAAGAAACAAGAAGGAAUUCCCAUCACAAUAAUCCAGAUGGCAAGAGUUCAGAUGGAAAUAGUCUAUUCGUAAAUUCUAACACGAGCAUACUGACGAUAGAUUUACCUACUUUAGACCUCGUACAGUUGACAAUUCCUUCAGAUUUUCUUAUUGAGAUUUUUCGCAAAGAGACCUCUGUGGAAGUUCGCUUGGGAAUACUUCAUUACUUUCUCUGCCAUAAAAAUGACAUAGAAAUUAUUGCGGAAUUAAUGUCCAUUAUCGCAGAGAAACCACGAUCAUUGGACAUCCCACGUUUUAUGCAGGAAAUUCUUAUAGGAAACUCUUAUGCUUUAGUGCAAAAAAAUCUUCUUGCGGAUACUAUUCCUUUACUAUCUCUAUUGCCCGUUACUACCAUAGGCGAUUAUAUGACUUUCAAUAUAAAGAUGAACGAUUUGGAGAUCACAUUGAGUCAUGAGAAACUCUGGAACACAUCAGUAAUGUUACUUUCACCGCAACAAAGGCUCGUUCCUUAUCGUAGUGAUUUAUGGACUAGAUUGUGGGAUCAGUUGAGCAAAAAUGGUAGUGACAAACUGAGAUUCAGACCUAGUCAUAUUGCGGAAAAACUGCUAGUUUCUUUGGCUUGUUAUCAACCAGAAGCGUUAUCCAGAUGCAGUACUCCAAUGUCUCCAAGUGGAGGAUUUGUUGCAAUGCCGCUUGGAGAUUUCAUGGGUAAUCGAAACAUCAAGUUGGAUUCAGGCUUACCGUUUAAUGAGACGGAAAGUUGCACCGCUUCGAAACAGGAGCACAUUGUGUCUGUUAAUUUGCGAGAGCUUUCGAUGUAUCUUUUAAAGAAUGGCACGCACACGUCAACCAUACAUACGCGAGGUUCUUGUACCCCGUUACACGUUCAUGCCAUGGCCACAAGAUAUGUGGCUGCGCAAUUGGAAGCGUCACGUAUAUUGUGUCAAAUACUUUGUAGAACAGCUGGUGUUGAUCCGAGAAUUGAGCAGGAACGUGGUUUUAGUCUCAUAGAUCAAUUGGAUGAAGCAAGACGAUGGUUGUUGUUUAUGCUCUUACAGCGAUAUAGGUACUCCAUAGAGAGCAUCGCUUUCCCAGCGCCACAGGGAUUCGCGUCGUUUUUUACUUACCUUGGCUAUCGUACUCUUAAAUUCUCAAUGUUUCUGCAAUAUAUUGAACGCUCAGUAUUUGAACUUCAAGUUGAUGUCACUAAGAUUAUCUUAGCUGAUAUAAGCGAUACGAAAGAAAACGUUGUUCAGAAAUUGAAGUUGUUAUCUUUAUUACCAAGAUCUCGCGCAAAGAGACUUUUGAAUCAAUGGUUGCAUCCAAUUAGUUUAAUGUUGCGAGCCAGAGAACACGCCGCUAAUAUUUUGUGCGGCGAAGUAUCCCAGAGUCGAACCAGCAGUCGGACUUUACAACACCGUAAUCAUCAUAACAGUUUGGCAGCAUUUCCUUCUGCAGAUCGUUUGUCACCAUUAGACACCUUUUUGGAUUUACUUACUGCAAAAGCUAGUCUUACAGAAUUGGAUUUCGGGCUAUUGAUAGAAGCGACAGUAACAUCUACGGAGGAUUUUCUCUAAUGGAAAUUGAGUUUAGCUUGUAAUCGAAAAAUAUCUCUUAAAUAGUCAAUUGAUUCAAUAAUUACUGAAUCAAUUAGAUAUAGAAAGCGUUCCAUUUGAGCGAUUGACUUACAGCAGAGUAAUCAAUGCUUGGAUUUUUGCUGGACCAACAAAUCAGAAAAUUUUAUGUUAAAUUAAUGAAUUAGUGACGCAGGCAGAUCUCACUCCAAAUUUAUAUAGAAUUUCUAUGUAUUUGAGGUUGCACUUACAACGUAACUUUUAUAUAAUUCUUAAAUCACAUCCGUAUCUAUGAAAUUAAUUCUUUUAGUUAAGGAUCAAAGACUAAUUGUAAGAGAUAUUAUACUUAUAAAUAAUUUGUAUCUUAAAAAGAAUCUCCAAAGUAGCAAGUGCCAUGCAAGUUUAGUUACCAUUAGUAAUUACAAAAUUUAAUAUCAAUAAGUGAAAGUAACAAAUCUAAUUACUUGACAAGCUUAAUUAAGUACUGCAUAUUGCAGAUAUUUAUGACUGCGUUUCGAAAGUUUUUAUCUUUCAUGCGAAUAAUUUUCGUCUUGGUGUAGGCCAAAAUUAGACAAUGAGAAAUAAUUAUUUUAAGCAUUAUUUAUUAGAAAGCGUUCGUGCUAUUGUUAUUCUCUGCUUUUCAUAUUUUUAUUAUUACAUUUUUACGCGGAUGUGAGAAGCAUGAAAGAGACAGGAACUUACAUAGUUAAAUAAAUCGUAAUAUUAAGUUUUGUUGAUUCUCAUCUUUUAUAUGUGAUUUGAUAUUGUCGAUUUAGGAUGCCUUGGGGAGACAUUAUUAGUAUUAUUUUUGUCAUUUUAUCUUUGUUUUGUGUGUCUAAUGAAUGAUAAAGAUAGAAUGCAAAUAUAGUGCUAAUAGCAUCUCCCCAAAUGCACACUUAUAGUUUGCCAAAGACAUGUGAUAUAGUGAGUUAUGAAUAUUUGCGACUAACAUCUGCAUGAUGUUUAUUAUUGAUGUAUAUGUGUAUUAUACAUAAAUACAAAUUAUACAUAGGGUAA